CAUUUUCUUUUUUAACAAAAAUCGGGUGAUUCUUUUUAUUAUCUCAAAGUUUACAUUUAUUAAUUGUACAAUUUGUGUGCUGAUACUUGUUAAUCUAAUUAAAUGGAAAUAAACGGAGGUCGUUGUAAUUCUGGGAAUAAAUCCCAGGUUGAAGGUGAAAUAUCCGUUUUGAGUUCGAAUUUGUUCUUGGAUCACGUUGGAGAGGUUACUCUUACUUUUGAUUCUGAUGGGUUAUCCUGGAAAUCGCUUGAUUCCUUGGAUAAUGAUGGAUCUACAUGUUUGGGAAUUAAAUUUCUUCCUAAAAUGGCUACGAAGUUAAUAAUUUCCGAUAUCUAUGCUGUGGAGUUAAUGAAUGGUGAUGUGAUUCAAGAAUCGGACCUUACAACGGUUACAGAAUGUUUCUUGGGGAGUGAAGAUCUUGAUUCUGGGAUGAAUCACUUUACAGUGCAUACUUUUCAAAAGUCCAAGUCUCAGCCUUGCCUUUGGAUCUUGGCGGCGUACACGUUUGGUCACAAGGACUUGCAGACCUGUCAAAUGUGGGUUAAUAAAAUUAGUGGUUCUCUACAUAAGGAAGUUGGAAGACCAAAGAAUCUUCUGGUAUUUGUUCAUCCAUUGAGUGGGAAAGGAAAUGGGCGGAACACAUGGGAAACUGUGGCUCCUAUAUUUUCGCGUUCUAAAAUAAACACAAAGGUGAUAGUAACACAGAGGGCAGGACAUGCAUUUGAUGUAAUGAGAUCUACCACAAACGAAGAGUUGAAUUCAUAUGAUGGUGUUCUAGCUGUUGGUGGUGAUGGUUUCUUCAAUGAAAUCCUUAAUGGGUAUCUUUCUUCAAGGCAUAAAGCUCCUUUCCCUCCUGUCCCUUCAGAUUUUCUUGAUGCCCUGGGGAAUGAUAACAACCCUUUAGUAAACAUUACAACUGAAGCAGAUUCUGAGAGUCGUAAUACCAAGGAGAGUGAUCCUCUUCUCUCAGGUUCAGCUCAUAAUGAAUCGGGAUUCUCUCAUUUGAGAACUAAUGAUGGCUCUCUCUCUUUAGAUCAACAAAUUGAGUAUUCGCUCCCUUACCAGAGGCUUAGAUUUGGAAUAAUUCCUGCAGGUUCAACGGAUGCUAUUGUGAUAUGCACCACUGGUGCUCGAGAUCCAAUAACGUCUGCACUGCACAUCAUCCUGGGUAAAAGGCUGUGCCUUGAUGUUGCUCAAGUUGUAAGAUGGAAAACUACAUCUACCUCAAAGAUUGAACCUCUUGUACGCUACGCGGCUUCUUUUGCUGGGUAUGGAUUUUAUGGAGAUGUUAUAACGGAGAGUGAAAAAUACCGCUGGAUGGGCCCAAAACGUUAUGAUUAUGCGGGAACCAAAGUGUUUUUGAAACACAGGUCGUAUGAAGUUGAAGUGGGAUACCUGGCAGUUGAAUCUGAAAAAGAUAGUUCGACAUCAGAUGGAAGUAGGAUGCUUAGUAAAUCACGGAGCUUGAAACGAAAAAAAUCUGAGAGAAUUAUUUGUCGAGCCAAUUGCAAUGUGUGUAAUACGAAGCCAGUUUAUUCUCCCUCAAAGAGCACGCCUGCAACACCGUAUUCAAGUGCACAAGAAACAAAAUGGUUGAAAUCUAAAGGGCGUUUUCUUAGCGUUGGGGCCGCCAUAAUGUCUAACCGAAAUGAAAGGGCACCUGAUGGUUUGGUGGCUGAUGCACACCUUUCAGAUGGUUUCCUUCAUCUUCUAUUAAUUAAAGACUGCCCUCAUGCAUUAUAUCUCUGGCACCUCACGCAACUAGCAAAGAAAGGCGGAAACCCCCUAAAUUUCGACUUUGUGGAGCAUCAUAAGACCCCUGCAUUUACGUUCACUUCGAUCGGCAACGAGAGUGUAUGGAAUCUGGACGGUGAGCUUUUUCAAGCACAUAAGCUUUCAGCGCAAGUAUUUCGAGGCCUUAUCUGCUUAUUCGCGUCUGGCCCCGAAGUUUAGGGUACAAAGGAAACAUGGUUUCAUCAUCAAAGGAGUAGAGUAAUUCUCUUUCUACCAACACCGUUUUUGUAUGUUACGAAGUUCAGUUUACAUCAACA